GGAUGGAAAUUUUGCACGUUUGCCUGUUAUACGGAGGUUACACGUCAAUUAUACUAGUGAAUGAUACGUUCAAGUAUGAUGCAUUGGUUGCCCUUGUUAUUUCAAAAUUAGGGCUUACUCAUGUAGAAGUAGCUGAAACUGAAGCACAUGUUAAACAAGUAGUGGAGGGAAAUAUUUUUCGCAAUAAGGAAAUACUGAAAAUGAGCUUGGCCUUCUAUGUCAUACAAAAUAAAUUUGAAUAUAAGGUGUUGAGAUCAGACAAGAAGGACUCUCCUGCUAUCGAAGACUUGAAACAAUGUCUUGAGUAUACCGGACAGCACUCAAAACUUGUUGAUUCAUUCAUCAGUUCAUUAAGAUAUCGGUUACUUACAGCUGGUGCCUCCACCAAUGAUAUAUUGCACCAGUAUGUUUCAACUAUCAAAGCCCUUCGAACUAUAGAUCCUGCAGGAGUGUUCCUUGAAGCCGUAGGUGAACCGAUUAGGGAAUACUUGAGAGGGAGGAAAGAUACCAUUAAAUGCAUUGUUACCAUGCUUACGGAUGGAGCUGGGGGGAAUCCUAGUGGACCAGGAAGCACUGGAGAUAGUCUUCUUGAAGAAUUAAAUAGAGAUGAAGAAAAUCAAGAGAACUUUGGCCUUGAUGAUGAUGUCAACACUGAUGACAAACAAGCAUGGAUUAAUGCACAGAGUUGGGAGCCUGACCCAUUAGAGGCAGACCCCUUAAAGGGUAGUAGGUAUCGAAGGAAAGUUGAUAUUCUUGGUAUGAUUGUUGGCAUAAUUGGCUCGAAGGAUCAGCUUAUUAAUGAAUAUCGUGUAAUGCUUGCUGAAAAACUUCUGAACAAAUCGGAUUAUGAUAUUGACUCAGAAAUACGUACUUUAGAACUUCUCAAGAUUCAUUUUGGAGAGAGCAGCAUGCAGAAAUGUGAAAUAAUGCUUAAUGAUCUAAUUGAUUCCAAAAGGACCAAUACAAAUAUAAAAGCAUCCAUCAAGCAACAACCUCAACCAGCUGCUGAUUUACGGGAGCAUGAGAUGUCUCUAGAUAAUAUUAAUGCUACCAUUAUCUCGACAAAUUUCUGGCCACCUAUCCAGGUAUGUAGGUUCCUUAACUAUAUUGGCACUAGCCAAUCCGCUGUCAAAAGAGAGAAUUAUGCACGUUAACGUAAUAAAUUAUGAGUUCCAAAAGAAG